CUAGAUCAGUGAACACCCAGAAGGCUUGCUGGCAACUCUCCGAGAGGGAUAUGUGAAGCUUCCUCAAGUGGUGGCAGCACCGAGGAGAGACUUUUAUCGUGCAAGUGAACUGAGGAAGUGUUUUAUUAUUGUUAAAGAAGACAUUAAGUGUGACCAAACAUGAAGGUACACUCGACGUCGCCCAUGGUGGUGGUUGCCAACAGGUUGCCCUUCCGCCUCGGUACUGAUCCCAAGACCGGGAAACUAAUUAGACUGCAAUGUGCUGGUGGUCUGGUGACAGCUGUAGCACCCGUGGUGGUGGAAACUCAGGGACUCUGGGUGGGAUGGUCUGGUCUCCACCUCGAGGAUAAUAAUGUGGAAAUUCCUGAAGCUGAUCCUAAUGACCAGACACCCACGGCAGGCCUGAAGAGCAGUCAGGUGAUUCCCGUGACAGUACACAAGAAGCUCUUUGAUGACUACUAUAAUGGUUGUUGUAACGCUACCUUCUGGCCGCUCUUCCACUCUAUGCCUGAUCGUGCACUCUUCCAGGCUGACAAGUGGGAGGCAUACAGAGAGGUGAAUGCAGAGUUUGCCCGGCUUACAGUUAUGGCAGUGCAAAGACUGUCCGAGACUCACCCUGGAUCUGUGCCUCUGGUUUGGCUCCACGACUACCAUAUGAUGCUGGCAGCAAACACUAUUCGUGAGAAAUGUGAUGAACUGAACUUACCCAUCAAGAUGGCAUUUUUCCUUCAUAUUCCCUUCCCAUCAUGGGACAUUGUGCGUCUCUUUCCCUGGGAUGAUGAACUACUUCAAGGCAUCUUAGGAUGCGACUCCAUUGGCUUUCACAUUGAAGAUUAUUGCCUUAACUUCAUCGACUGCUGUCAGAGACGUCUUGGUUGUCGUGUUGACAGACAACAAAUGUUAGUUGAACACAACUCCCGGACAGUAACCAUCAAUCCUCUACCUAUUAGCAUUCCUUAUGACCGUUUUGUGGAAUUGGCAGAGAAGGCACCACAGGUGGUGAAGAACAACCCUCAUGAGCAGCUGCUGUUAGGAGUGGACCGUCUGGACUAUACAAAGGGACUCGUUCAUCGUAUUAAAGCUUUCGAAACUCUUCUCAACAAACACCCAGAGUUGAUUGAGCGUGUGACUUUCCUUCAGGUAGCAGUCCCAUCACGCACAGAUGUGAAAGAGUACCAAGAGCUGAAAGAAGAGCUUGAUCAGAUGAUUGGCAGAAUCAAUGGCCAGUUCUCAACACCUAAUUGGUCUCCGAUACGCUAUAUCUAUGGCUGUGUCUCACAAGAUCAGCUAGCAGCCUUUUAUCGUGACUCUUCUGUUGCAGUGGUGACGCCACUGAGAGAUGGAAUGAAUCUUGUUGCUAAGGAAUUUGUUGCAUGUCAGACAGGUGAACCUGGGGUCCUCAUUCUCUCUCCAUUUGCUGGUGCUGGAUCCUCAAUGCAUGAAGCUCUUCAUGUUAAUCCUUAUGAGACUAAUGAAUUUGCCGACACAAUUUAUCGUGCCCUCACCAUGCCCAAGGAUGAACGUGAGUUGCGCAUGAAACACUUGCGUCGCCGUGAGCGAGAAUUUGAUGUGAAUUUCUGGCUCAGGUCAUUUCUGAAAACAGUAGAUUGUCUCAGCGAUGAAGAAAAAUCUGCAGCACUUGGUCGCUUACUCCCAAUGAGAGAAGAAGAUUUUACAGAAUUUUUGGGUUCAUAUGUGACAGAAUCAUCACGUCUAGCAUUGUUGAUGGACUACGAUGGUACUUUGGCACCCAUUGCACCCCAUCCUGACCUGGCUGAAAUGCCAGCAGAAACACGGCGUGUCUUGGAACGCUUGGCACACAUGCCUGAUGUGAACAUAGCCAUCAUAUCGGGUCGCUCCAUGGCUAAUGUGCGGUCAAUGGUUGGUAUUGAAGGCAUAACAUAUGCUGGUAAUCAUGGAUUUGAAAUCCUACACCCAGAUGGCACCUUAUUCAUGCACCCUGUUCCUCAUGAGUAUGAAGUUCAACUUGAAGCCCUAAAGAAGCGUUUGGAGGAAAUAUGUGUAGAGGGUUCAUGGGUCGAGAAUAAGGGAACAGGCAUUGCUUUUCACUACCGUGAGGUUCCAGGAGAAAAAGUGACAAGUCUCACAGCCGAGGCUCAGAAGGUAUUUAAAGAGGUAGGCAUACCCAUACAUGAGUCCCAGUGUGCCUUUGAAGCGCGGCCUCCAGUAACCUGGGACAAGGGUAGUGCUGCUAUAUACAUUCUCCGUACUCUGUUUGGCCUUGACUGGUGUGAUCGUGUGUCAACCAUCUUCGCUGGUGAUGACAAAACUGACGAAGAUGCCAUGAGAUCGCUACAAGGAAUGGCUGUCACCUUCCGAGUGACCAGAUCUCAGAACCUAAGAACAGCAGCCAUGCAUCGACUUCCUUCAACAGAUGCUGUUCUUUCUAUGCUCAAGUGGAUUGAGAGAAGAUUAGGGUCUCGGUUGCCUCAUGUCAAUGGUGUGAGAUCAAGAACAGCUAGUAUGUCCAGUAAUGGAAACAGGUCCCCACCCCACUCUCCCACUACACCCCACUGUCGUUCUCGCACUAACUCCAGAUCUGAGCCCAGUAAGCAGAUGAUGCUGAUUAAUGAUAAACUCUAUCACCAGUACAUUGCCAAACUAGCAUCUCCUGCCAGAAGUGCAAGUAGAUCUCCACCUCAAUCUCCAACAAGGUCCACCAUGUAAAUUGUAUCACUUAUCUGUGCCUUCUAUGUUAAUCUGAGAACUUUAUUUCACCCACCCUUGGCAGGUACCAGGGAAGGCAGUAGUUCCGGGCAUACCCAGGUCUCGCUUCAUGCAAGAUAGGAACAUAUCUCUCAUCCCCGCACCACUGUGGUGAUUAUCAUCAUAAUUAAGCACUAAACCCACAAGGGUCAUACAGACCACUGUGGUGAGCCUCGCAAUUCUGGGUCUUUGUACAAAUGUCUGCCCGUGGGCAUCCUUUUUUUAUACAAGGAUUAACUCUAAGGCUUUCAUAUUUUAAGUAAACAUUUUCAAAUGUACAGUUUUUAAAUAAACUACAUAUAUACAGUAUUUAUGAUUUUUUCAGGAAAUGACAUUUUAAUUUUUUUUAAGUUGCAUAAAGCUUUUACACUGUAGGUAAUGGCCAUGGGCAACAUUAUAGCCUACUCAUAUUUCAUGCCUAUUUUUCAGGUGUUAUUUGUAAGUAUAUUAUAUCAUUUGUAAUAUAGAACUUGCCUACUCACAUUUCAUGCCUAUUUUUUAAGUGUUAUUUGUAAUAUAUUUUAUAGAAUGUCAUUUGUAAUAUAGAAAGUGUAUAGAAUGACUGAUGAGUGUGUUAAUGUCUCGAACCCCUAUAUAAUUAUGUACAUUUCCUGUGAUAACCCAGUGUUGUGUUCUCGUGUGAACUUGAUACCAACAUGUGUGAUUGUAUAGCUUUAAACAGACCUUUAUAAAUUGUUUAAUAAAGUCAGUCCAAAAC